UAUUGCAACGUCACAUAAUUAGCGGCAAAUACCUUAGACCGAUUCCCUUAAUCAACCGUAAUUUAGAUACAAAAGCAUUUGUAAUUGAUAAUAGUGGCAUAGUAUGUUGAAGAGCCCGCAGAGUACAAACUUGUCUUAUUUCGUGUAUUUAAUAUUCAUACGCAAUGAAAAAGUGUGGCAUUUUCAUCAGUUUAAUUCUAAUAAUAAGUAAUAUUUAUAUUAUUGAAGCAACCAGGAAAGACGUAUGUAAGAAAUGUGUAUAUAUCCGAGAUUGUCCAAUUAUCGCAAGCCUGCCCACCGAAAAACAGCAAAUGUGGAUGGAUACAUUUCCCUGUGAGAAUUCAAGAAAACAUAAACAUUUUUUGUUUUCCUGGACCCUCACGAUUGGAGAUUAUACAUGCUGCCCAAAUUUUAAUAUACUGGAAAUGGAAUACGAUACUGGAAAUACGAAACAUAGUCCACUUUAUAAAUAUCAGAAAAUGACACUAAUGAGACAAUUACAACAAGGCGAUAUAAACGGUCAAAAUACUUAUGGAAAUCCCGUUACAGACCAAAUCAACCAGGGUAUUGAUAAAAAAUCAGCAAUGAAUCCGGGGCCAUAUUAUCCCAACCAGCAAAACCAAUUUGAGCCGGAGUUCCCACCACCAGGUCAAAUAAAAAAUACGCAAUUUUUGCAAGUACCCAGCCCAGCACAAAAUCCUAUUAUGAACAAUGACAAUGGUAAUUUUUUUGGGGUAGUUAAUUCAGGCGCUCAAUGCACUGAGGUAACGAGCUUGCUACCGGACCCGAGGACAGGAUGCUGUGGCCAAGACAUGUCAGAAACUUCCAGGAUUACGGAUUUACAAAAUAUAUUCAAUAUAUUUGCACCUUCUAAUCUAAAUUGGACAAAUCAAGUAUUUCGAAGUCGACGAUCAGCCGAAAAAAAGGUGGAAGACAAUGCCCUAGAUGACAGAAUAGCUGGUGGAAAAGAAACGGAACUGGAUCAGUUCCCAUGGACAGUUCUCUUGAAAAUGACCUACAGUUUUGGUGACGAUCGGCCGACUUUCAAUUGCGGUGGCUCUUUGAUCAGUUCAAAAUAUGUUCUCACUGCAGGUCAUUGCCUUAAUGAAAAUGGAGGUGUAUUAGUUGACAUUGAAUUAACACUUGCUGAGUAUGAUAAAAGUCAGUUUCCAAGAGACUGUAAACCUGGGUUAGGCGAGAGGAAUUGCAUUGAGAAUAUUUUAAUGCAUGCUCAAAAUAUAAUAAUACAUCCUCAGUACGACGAUGAAUCGCUUCUUAAUGACAUUGCUCUUAUCGAGCUAGAUGGAGUCGCACCCUACACUCAAUACAUUAGGCCAAUAUGCAUUCCAAACAUCAAUGUGGAUGAUCCUGAGUUCUCAGACUUGCCUCUUGCUGUAGCUGGCUGGGGUUACAAUCGUCAACACGCAACCGAUAUUAAGCAGUCAACAGUUGUUCAUGUGGUUCCUCAUGACGAAUGUGACCAGUCUUAUCCUAAUUUAUUAAACACCCAACUAUGUGCAGCUGGACGGACUGGUGAAGACACUUGCAAAGGUGACUCCGGGGGACCCUUGAUGUUACUGUAUAGAAACAAUUAUUAUGUUGUGGGCGUUGUUAGUGGCAAGAGAGCAGAUAGUCCAUGUGGGACUUCUGUGCCGACUCUCUUUACAAACGUGUUCCAUUUCGUUCCGUGGAUAAAAAGCAUUAUCAGUUAAAGUAAUAUUUGAUUUAUUAUUUUUCAAGUUAAGGAAUGCGUAACAAUAUAUUUUCAGUGCUAUGUGCUGAUAUGAUAUGAAUAGAAAAUAAAUACCUUUUAACAAAACAUAUGAUCCUGUUUUAUAAUAAAAAUAACGAUAAUAUAAUGUUCUAUAUUGUGGGCCUUAUAUUCUA